CUUUUUUUUUUGUCCACAUCUACGCGGGUUCACACUUCCCACGCGGUUUUUUUCUUUCUCAUGUCAUCAUUGUAUUUCAAUCAAUCUCGGUUUCUUUUUCAUUUCUCUUCCACUUCAAUUCACUUUCCUUCUGUUUCCGUUUACAAUUCAUCUUCAUUUCUCUACCACCUCAACCUUUGUGAACUGUUUGUUCUGUUCCUCGGAGAAAUUAGUGAUUAGAGAAUGAAGUGUUUCUUCUUCAAACGAAUAUCCAACGCCGACCCAGAUUUGAACCGAAGCAAGAAGAAAACUCAGGCGUCGAAUCGACCCACCAGUGCGCUGUCAUCGCCGAGGAGCGUAGAAGAAUUGUACAGAGAGAAAGAGCAGAAUUUCAGAGUUUUUACUUUGCAGGAGCUCGUAGAUGCAACAAAUGGUUUCAACAGGAUGCUCAUGGUUGGAGAAGGUGGUUUUGGGAAAGUAUAUAGAGGAACCAUUAGCCCUCUAAACGGACAAGGUGACCCAGUUGUGGUUGCAAUCAAGAAACUUAACACGCGUGGCUUACAGGGGCAUAAAGAAUGGCUUGCAGAAGUUCAAUUUCUCAGCAUUGUUGAUCACCCGAAUUUGGUUAAGCUUUUGGGAUACUGCUCUGUAGAUGGUCGGAGAGAAAUCCAACGGCUGCUGGUGUAUGAGUUCAUGCCCAAUAGGAGCCUGGAAGAUCAUCUUUUCAGUCGUUCUUUCCCUCCCUUGCCUUGGAAAACAAGAUUGCAGAUCAUGCUCGGUGCUGCUCAAGGAUUGCAUUAUCUGCACCACGGAUUGGAGGUUCAGGUUAUCUACCGAGACUUCAAAUCUUCAAAUGUGUUAUUAGACACGAAAUUCCAUCCCAAGCUGUCAGAUUUCGGUCUUGCUAGAGAGGGCCCAACAGGUGAUCAGACUCAUGUAUCUACUAAGGUAGUUGGGACUCGUGGAUAUGCUGCUCCAGAGUAUAUUGAAACAGGUCAUCUCAGACUAAAGAGUGACAUUUGGAGUUUUGGUGUGGUACUCUAUGAGAUCCUCACAGGAAGGAGGGUAUUGGAAACCAAGCUUCCACCAGAGGAACAAAAGCUUUUACAGUGGGUUAAAACAUACCCUGCUGAGAGUAGCAGAUUCAGCAUGAUAAUGGACCCGCGUCUCGCGAAACAGUAUUCACUUGAUGCUGCUCGGAGAAUAGCCAAGUUGGCAGAUAGCUGCUUGAAGAAGAAUCCUGAAGAUAGACCCUCCAUGAGUCAGAUAGUGGAAAGCUUGAAGCGAGCACUGCAGCUUUCAGAAACCUCAAACAGUACUCAGAAUAUGAUCACUUUUCAAUCCCCCAGAUCUAAAUUGACUCAAAAAGUUAAAUAGAAGAUUAGUUUUGUAGGACCAAAGAAUGGUCAAACUAGGAAGUCAGAGUUUUGUGGACUUUCCCAUCUAUGUUUCUGGACUUUGAACAUUGUGGUUAGUUCGGUUCAGUGCCAUAUGCCAAAAUCCAAGUCGUGUCUCUACUUCAUCAAACAUUGGCUUUUAUUUUUCACACAAGUUAUCAACAUUAGAGGAAAUGGAAAGGUCAA